CUCGCAGUCCACCAUUUGGUCUGCCCCAUGUGAACGAAAAAGCAAGAAAGAUAUGCUCUUUUCCUCUUCCUUCUCUUCUACCAGAUUCCUCCAAUACCAAUUCACCCUCUAUUCUGAUUCCGAUCCCUUCUUCCUUUUUCGCUUUGAAUUUGCGUUAAUCCGACCGUUGGAUACAUCGGCCACAGUUUGAUAUAGGUGGAUCUGAUCGAGCGAGCAGUGGCGCUGGCGGAUGGCGCUUUUCAGGCGGCUGUUCUAUCGGAAGCCGCCGGAUCGGCUUCUGGAGAUCGCCGAGAGAGUUUACGUAUUCGACUGUUGUUUCUCCACAGAUGUUUUGGAAGAAGAAGAAUACAAGGAUUAUUUGGAUGGUAUUGUAGCACAGCUACAGGACCACUUCCCUGAUGCCUCUUUCAUGGUAUUCAACUUCAGAGAAGGAGAGAGGAGGAGCCAAAUUACAGACAUACUGUCUCAGUAUGAUAUGACUGUCAUGGACUAUCCCCGACAAUAUGAGGGCUGUCCUUUGCUCCCGCUUGAGAUGAUCCACCACUUCUUGCGGUCGAGCGAGAGCUGGUUAUCAUUGGAAGGGCAGCAGAAUGUGUUACUAAUGCAUUGCGAGAGAGGAGGGUGGCCUGUUCUUGCAUUUAUGCUCGCUGGUCUUCUAUUAUACAGAAAACAGUACACUGGGGAGCAGAAGACUCUGGAAAUGGUAUAUAAGCAAGCUCCUAGGGAACUCCUCCAUCUUCUUUCUCCUUUGAAUCCACAACCUUCCCAGUUGAGAUAUCUCCAAUACAUUUCUAGAAGAAGCGGUGGGCUAGAAUGGCCUCCAUCUGAUACUCCAUUGAGGUUGGAUUGCCUCAGUCUAAGAGCCCUUCCCAUGUUUGAUGGAGAAGCAAGUUGCAGGCCCAUCGUCCGUGUUUAUGGUCAGGACCCUUCAAAUGCGACCAACAGGGGUUCCAAGGUUCUGUUUUCAACACCAAAGACAAAGAAACAUGUUCGACGAUACAGACAGGCAGAUUGCGUGCCAGUGAAAAUUGAUGUGGAUUGCCAUGUUCAAGGGGACGUAGUAGUCGAGUGCAUCCAUUUGGACGAGGAUCUGAAGCGUGAGGAGAUGAUGUUCAGGGUUAUGUUUAACACGGCAUUUAUCCGAUCACAUAUUUUGACCCUCAGUCGUGAGGAUAUUGAUGUUUUGUGGAAUGCCAAAGAUCAGUAUCCAAAGGACUUCAUAGCAGAGGUACUCUUUUCGGACCCUCAUGCUAUUGCAUCUGAUAUGACCACAGAAGUGGAAUCAGAAGAUGGGGAUGCAAUGGAAGACGCUCCAGCGGAGGAGUUUUUUGAGGUGGAGGAGAUCUUUAGCAAUGCGGAUUCUCAGGAUGGGAAGGGGGAUUCUGACCCCUUCAUUGGUGAAAAAACAGAUAUAUUGGAUGAAGUGAAUCACAUAUUAGAAGCCAAAACCAUACAAGAUGACGUGGACUAUAAAUUAGAAGUCAGUGAUCAUAAACAUGAUGAGGAAAGAUGGGAUACAGAGAAUAUUGUCCCCCAAAAGAUUUCAGACCCCAAAGUUGAAAAUCAGAGGACAGGACCUGGUGUCCGUGGACAGAAACCUGAGAAAUUACUGCCACCUGCACCAAAGAAACAACCAACUUUAAAUGCAAAACCAGUCUCAGAUCCAGCUUUUGCCAACCAAAAGAUUAAACAACAAGAAUCUCAAGGCAGCCAGGUGAAGCCAACAAAACCAAAGACUGUAUCUCGGUGGAUACCUCCAAACAAAGGACCUUGUGUGGAUUCCAUGCAUGUAUCUUCUCACCCUCCAUCAAGAUAUAAUAGCGCCCCAGCUGCUCUAGCCAUUUGUGCAUGUUCACAAGAUAAUGAUGCAGGUGAAACUCCAGGGCCAUCUCCUGCUGCUGCAGUUCCUGCCUUUUCACUCCUAACGAAGCCACCAUUUCCAUCUCAUGCAGUACCCCCACCACUUCCACCAGAAUCAUUGCCGCCUGUGCAAUCAGAACCCAAUCCUUGUUCUCUACCACCAACAUCACAGGCACCUCCACCUCCUCUGUCGCCUCCAAAAAGAGCGGUACUGCCUCCACCGCCGCCGCCACCACCUCCUCCACGAGCAUUGCCCCCUCCCCCUCCUCCUCCUCCCCCCCCACCACCACCACCGCGAGCAACAACUCCUUCCCCUCCAUUACCACCAUCUUCUGUUCAUCCAACCAUUGCAUUACAUUCUAACAUGUUAAGUAGCUCACCUAUUCCAUCCAUUCGACCUGCUCCAGUCCGUCCAUGUCCCUCCUUUAGUACUACAUUGUAUGAUUCUUGUAUCCAAACCCCGAUUCCACCUCCACCUCCUCCACCACCUCCACCUUUACGCACAGGAGGAACACUUCAGGUCUCUCCUCCUCCCCCACCACUCAUGCAAUCAAGAGCAUCUCCCCCUCCUCCUCCUCCUCCUCCUCCAAUGUGGAAUGUGUUUGGAUCAAUUGCCCCUAUUCCCCCACCUCCGCCUCUCUUGCACUUGGGAGGAACAUCUCAAGGACCUCCCCCUCCACCUCCCCCUCCGCCUCCCCCUCGCUUGGGAGUAACACCUCAUGGUCCUCCCCCUCCCCCUCCCCCUCCCCCUCGCUUGGGAAUGACACCUCAAGGUCCUCCCCCUCCCCCUCCUCCUCCUCCUUCUCCUCCCCCUAGGCAGAAUUCUAUUGGAUUAGUAGCCCCUCCUCAAGGUCCUGGCUCAGUGGCACCUCCCCCGCCGCCACCUCCUCCCAUAGCUACAUCAACCACAUUGAAAUAUGGAGUUGGAAGCCCUCCACCCCCACCACCGCCUCCUAUGCGUGGAGCUCCACCCCCUCCACCUCCUCCUAUACAUGGAACUCCACCCCCACCACCUCCUCCUAUGCGUGGAGGUCCCCCUCCACCACCCCCACCCAUGCGUGGAGGUCCCCCUCCACCACCCCCACCCAUACGUGGAGCUCCACCUCCUCCUCCACCUCCUUCUGGAACACGCGUUCCUGUUCCUCCAGCUGUGCCUAGGGCUUCAGGCGGUGCGGUACCUCCACCUCCAUCUUCACAUUCCUUAGUUGGGGGAAGAGGACGAGGGAUUCCACGUCCAUCAGGCCCAGGUUAUCAAGGAUCAUUUGCUUCAACACCACGAAGAUCAUCAUUGAAGCCACUACACUGGGUGAAGGUAACAAGGGCAGUGCAAGGAAGCUUAUGGGCAGAAUUACAGAAAUUCGACGAACCUCCAAACACUUCAGAAUUUGACGUAUCAGAACUUGAGAGUCUCUUCUCUACCGUAGUCCCGAAAUCGAAUGAUAGUGCUGGAGGUAAAUCAGGAGGGCGCCGCAAAUCUGUUGGAUCUAAAACAGAUAAAGUCCACUUAAUUGAACUGAGACGAGCCAAUAAUGUGGAAAUUAUGCUCACGAAAGUUAAGAUGCCUCUUUCAGAUAUGAUGGGUGCAGCACUGGCAUUGGAUGAUUCAAUUUUAGAUGUUGAUCAAGUGGAAAAUCUCAUAAAGUUUUGUCCUACAAAAGAGGAGAUGGAACUUAUUAAGGGCUACAAUGGUGAGAAGGAAAAUCUUGGAAAAUGCGAACAGUUCUUUUUGGAGUUGAUGAAAGUGCCACGGGUGGAAUCUAAGUUAAGAGUAUUUUCUUUCAAGAUCCAGUUUAACUCCCAGAUUUCAGAUUUUAGGAAGAGUUUAAACACUGUAAACUCUGCAUGUGAUGAGAUUCGAAAUUCUGUCAAAGUGAAGGAAAUCAUGAAGAAAAUUCUUUAUCUUGGAAAUACAUUAAAUCAGGGAACUGCAAGGGGCUCUGCAAUUGGAUUCAAGCUGGACAGCCUUCUAAAGUUAACUGAUACACGUGCUUCCAAUAAUAAGAUGACGCUCAUGCAUUAUCUUUGUAAGGUGCUUGCCUCCAAGUCACCACAACUUCUAGAUUUUCAUGAGGACCUCGUUAGCUUGGAAGCUGCAUCGAAGAUACAAUUGAAGUCCUUGGCAGAAGAAAUGCAAGCUAUAAUCAAAGGAUUGGAGAAGGUUGAACAGGAAUUGGUUGCAUCUGAGAAUGAUGGUCCUGUGUCAGAUGUUUUUUGCAAGACAUUAAAAGAUUUCAUUGUCAUUGCUGGCACAGAAGUUCAAUCCUUAAAAUCACUAUAUAGUGGAGUGGGAAGAAAUGCAGAUGCUCUUGCUGUUUAUUUUGGGGAAGACCCUGCCCGUUGCCCUUUUGAACAAGUUGUAACUACUCUUCUGAAUUUUGUGCGGAUGUUCCGUCGAGCGCAUGAAGAGAAUUGCAAACAAGCUGAACUCGAGAGAAAGAAAGCCCAGAAGGAAGCUGAGAAGGAAGUGGCAAAAACCAUCAACUCCACAAAGAGAAAUAUCAGAUAACUUCCUGCAUUUCAUCUUGGAUUUAUUGUCCAUCUGCCAUUGGACCAAUUUCCCCCAUGCAGCAGGCGGAAAAGAGUAUGCCUCAAACCUGACCUCACUGGUGAAGCAGCCCCACUCUUUCAUACGUGGUUCCAAAGCCCUGCUAUGCUGAAGCCCUACAACAGAAAUCUUGCAAUGGUGAAUGGUCAUGCUCACAUGUACAACACUCCAAGCAAAGAGACUGCUUGUUUGCACGUGGCAGGAACAUCUGCCAGGUUCAAGACAUCCAAGCGGAAGGUAAUGUGGAGCACACCGUUCAGAUCAGCUAGAAAAAUCGGGCCAGGGCCAGUGGAUGGAUUGCUUGAAAAGACUUCCCAACACCUCACAUUUCAAUAUAAUCAGGUGCAACCGGUAUGAGUCGACCAGCCUUUACCUUUGCAAGAGGUCACCUACAUGGUGGGGCAACCUUAGGGGCAGCUCAGAUGUCACCUUGGGACGUGUGCUGCAUGAACUCAUGUGUAGCUGACAUAAGUUGUCUUCUUGCCUUCUUUGGCUGGGGUGUUUUCGAGACUAAACAGAUACCACCGGAUUACCGCAAGCUCAGAUAUUUUUUUUUUGGCGGCAGUUCUAACCAACCAUGUACAAAGCUAACCCUUUCUUCCUUACAUUCCAUUCUUUCUUUUGUAACAUAAAAGGAUUGUUUUUGUUUCCUGAUUCAGAUUCGGCCAAUAGAAUGAGUUCAAAAGCUGUUGUAAAGUGGUAAGAGAAAAGGAAAGCAGAUUUCUUUGUAUUAUUGUAAUAUAUAUCUCACCAGAUAGGCACGUGAUUGGCCUUGUUUUACCAA